AUGGAUCACACAUACGACCUAGCCGGACUAGAAGCCCGGCAUAACUCCAUUUCUAUGGCUCGGUCGAUGCGAGUGGCUAAGCAGGACCGUCUUGAACGAGAUGAAAAACCACGGAAACAGAGAAAGCGAGCCCUAGUCGCAUGCAACCGAUGCCGGAAGAGAAAAAUCAAGUGCAACGGUGAUCUCAAUACUGGCCUGGCUUGCUCUAGCUGCCGUAGUGUUGGAGCCACUGAAUGCCAGUAUAUACGAGUCAACUCUUUGGCCCCCGAAGAUGCUGCUAGAGAAGCAGCUAGGCUUUAUGCAACCAAGGGUCAGGGAAGGUCAAUCCUUAUGGGCUCCCCUCAAAUGCGGACUCCAUACCAGCGAGGAGAAGAGUACGAGCUGGAUAUCCAGUCUAACUUCUCACGGCAACCCGUCGGCAUGGACCACUCCUAUGAUGACCAGUCCGCCAAUUACCACGGUCAGACAUCACCAGGGUACAUGCUAUCCAGCACCGGGAUGCUCGACUAUAGCACCACCUGGGGCAACCGGGCCUGGGAUCUCAACGGCAGACCCGAGUUCUUCGAAGAACAAAGCGGCAACAUGAACCAAGCCGCAUAUGGCUUCGUCCUCCCUGGCCAAAGUAUGUCCACCGAGAUGCCCCAGUCAACAGGGCCAAUGACAACGUCUUACACAGACGUAGACCGCACCCUCCCAACACCCCCAACCUGCCGAAGCCAACCCCAGUCCAACCUCUCAACCCUCCCAGACGGCCUCUCAGGCAUGACCCUAGCCACCGACGCAAAGGCCUGGAACGCACGGUUCGCAGCCUCCCAAGACGGCCGUACAGUGCCAAUGACCGUCCCAAGCAACGGUCUCUACAAUAUUAGCUCUUCAGCACGCAAGUCAACCGACUCAGACGAAGGAACAUCCGACCUCUUCGGAUACAUCCCCAUGUCUACAACAGAAGACCCAUCCCCACUUCCCCCAGCCUCAUCCUCAUCCUCCAUGGCCCCCUCCGCUGCAAACCCUCCCUACCCAGCCCUGGACACGAUAGAGAACACUCUGGGCGAGUACAACACCUCCGACGCACGCUUGGGCCGCACAUUCCCACGCGAUAGCGGCGCCGGACAGCGUCUACUCGCGCUGACUUCUGAUUGCGCACCCGAUGUGUACGGGUAUGCGGGCAGUGAGCGCCGGAAGUCGAGGGGCGUUGUCGAGGAUAUGCGCUGCUCGGCGCCGACGCUUGUUAACGGGUUGCCGUAUACACGUGUUCGACAUGCCGACUCGGCGGUUGGGCUGCCGUAUGGUUUUUUACCUGAUGGGUUGUCGGACUAUGGGCGGGUUGAUCUGCAUCGUUCUCCCAUUUCACCGUUGGGACAUCAGGGGGCGUAUUGA